GCCUCCAGUAGCUGCUCACUCAGCCUCCCUUCUCCAGCUGUGAUAACACCACUGGAGCCACUUGGACGCCUAGACCAUGAACCCUGGGGAAUGCCCUUGCAUGUCUGGAGGAAUCUGCAUCUGCGGAGACAACUGCAAAUGCACAACUUGCAACUGUAAAACAUGUCGGAAAAGCUGCUGUCCCUGUUGUCCCCCGGGUUGUGCCAAGUGUGCCCGGGGCUGCAUCUGCAAAGGGGGCUCAGACAAGUGCAGCUGCUGCCCCUGAAACCCAUCCAUCAUGCUGGAAGAGAGGCCUGGAAGCACCUGUAUAGUGCAUGAAUAGAGAUGUUGGAAUAAUUGUACAAUAGGUUGUGCUUUUUAUAUAUUUGCCCAAAUGUGGUGUUGGUGACAUUCAUGUAA